CUGGAGGAUACAGCAGCCAUAUCCCCACUGACCAGGCAGAGGGAAGGAGACACAGAACUACGAGGAGAAGAGAGCAGCUAAAACAGAGUGUAAUCCAGUGAAUGAACCCAGUGAUGCUGAACACACAAAGAAUGAAGACAUUACAACAAAAGGAGGAGAAUCUGUAAUCAAGCCUGUACGAUCGGCAGACCCUGGGACAGGUACCUUAAAUAUGGAUAAGAGUGGAAACAAGGAUAAGCAGUCAGUGAAGAGUUCUGAAGAGAUCAACAGGAAGGAACAAUAUCAAAGAGAAACCAAAACACUGCUUGGCAGACUUCACCUUCAAGACAAACAUCAACAGAAGUUGUCACCAGCAGAUUUUCUUAAAGUAGGUCCACCUGUGAAACAGGACCAUGAAACAUCUGAGAAAGAACUCGCUCAUACUUUUCUUCAGAGGUUGAUGAUGUUAGACUACAGAGCCAGAUAUAUUCCUGUAAGACAGGAUAGUGAUGAGGUGACCCAUUCAAAGCCUGUUGUAGAGUUUGACACUGUUGACACAGACGAUGAUGACUUAAGUGAUUUUUAUAGCACCACUGCAGACUUUGAUCAAUCAAAACAGACUCAUGUGCAUCCAAUGGAUGUUCAAAUGGCAGUAUUUCACUGCUCAGACAGCUUUUUGAAGCAGAACAUGACAACAAAGCUAUCACAAUGUCAGUAUGCCUUACCUUUGCUUGUUCCUGACCCAGUCACAAUGGAUAUUGAAUGUCCUCUGUGGACAUUCAGACAAAUAAGAAAAACAUGGAAGGUAACUGAAAUCAAAGAUAAUUCAAACAUUGUCACCAUGAAGAGCAUGCCCAUCUGCAAAGCUGAGACACCCAUGGUGUCAUUUCUCCGCCUGGGUUCACUAUCUCUGUCUAAGUCACAGCUGAUUAACACUUUGAUCAAUGACCGUCACAGCACCUUCUUCCACAGAAACUGCCCAGGUAGCACCAAGUCUCGCCAUCUGAUGGAUGGUGUGGCAGAGAUUGCCUGGUACUGCCCUGCAGGAAAACCCAAUGAUGCCUUCACUGACUGCAUUGCCUUCUGUAAUCUUCAUGGUGAUGCUCUGUCAAUUGAAAAACAGCGUGACAUACUGACUGAGAAAUCUUCAGUAAAUGUGGUUCUUGUACCAACUCUGGGAAAAGGGGACAGAAGUACCACAGUUAUCUCAGCCCUUCUCAAGUCUCCAAAGCCUCUCAUAUGUCUCACUGCUGAUAGGGAAUGUGGUGCUUUUGAGAAAAAAAAGGGAAAAUACAUAAUGGGUCUUCGAGACAGAAAUCAGUCCGAUGUUUCUGAGGAACUGAAAAGAAUCAUUGGAAGAAUUUUGUCAGGACCACAUGCAUCCUUCCAGCUUGAAACCAUGGCUGAGGUCUCUGGAAUCAGUGUGGAUGAAGAUGAUGAAGUUUGCCAAAAAGGAAAAUCUGCUGCAAUUAAAAUUGUGAAAUUGCUUCAGGGGAUGGAUGUUUCAAAGAUCAAAGAUACAUUUCUCCCUUGUCAAGGCCAACUGUGGCACAAGUGGUGCAGAAUAAACAAAGAACUGUAUCACCUCAAAGGACACAUUGAGAAGGAGAAAUGUAAAAAGCAAAAGGAACUGAUGCGAAUACGACAAGCUCAACGCACUGCUUCCUGUAGUGAAGUAAUGAAGUUGUUCACUGAAACCCUCUCGUCGUUGCCAUCAACAGAUAGAGAGUAUUUCCUGAAGUGGACUCAGAUUUUGAUUGAUGCCCUCUCCACAGAUGAUCUGUCUUUAAUUAUACAGAGCUAUGGUGAAAAGUGGUCUGAGGUCUUGGCUUUGAAAAAGAAACGCGACAAAUCUGAUCAGUUAAAAAGCAAGCAAACUGAGCUUGAACAAAUAUCAACAAAACUACAGUCUGCCACUUUCGGUUUGGAGCACAUCUUUAGAGAAAUGGGACAGAUCUAUGAAGCCCAUGCAUCUCUGCAGAAACAAACAACGAGGGGACAAACUGACUGGUCUAAAUACCCUGAGCUGGCUGCAGAGCUGAUGAUAUCAGGACACCCAAUGGAGCUGAUGGAUGGUGAUGCAGGUCAUGUGCCUUUAAUGUGGAUCUCUAGUCUUUUAGAUGAGGUCAUCAAGAAACUGGGCGACAAGAGAGUUUUUGUUUUGUCAGUGCUGGGUGUACAAAGCAGUGGAAAAUCAACAAUGCUGAAUGCUAUGUUUGGGUUACAGUUUGCAGUGAGUGCUGGCAGGUGCACCAAGGGUGCCUUCAUGCAGCUGGUCAAAGUUUCAGAUGAGAUCAAGAAAGACUUUGAGUUUGACUACAUUCUAGUGGUGGACACUGAAGGACUGCGCGCUCUUGAAUUAGAGGGUAACGCCACUCUUCUCCACGACAAUGAAUUGGCAACAUUUGUUGUUGGUCUGGGAAACAUGACACUAAUCAACAUCUUUGGAGAAAAUCCAGCUGAGAUGCAAGAUGUUCUGCAGAUUGUUGUUCAGGCUUUCAUGAGGAUGAAGAAAGUUCAACUUUCUCCAAGUUUUUUGUUUGUUCACCAGAAUGUUACAGAUAUUACAGCUGCAGAGAAAAACAUGGACGGAAAGAGAUGGCUGCAAGAAAAACUGGACAAGAUGGCCCAACUAGCAGCCAAAGAGGAGGUUUGUAAUGCUGAGUGCUUUCGUGAUGUCAUUGCAUUUGAUGUGCAGAAAGACGUGAAAUACUUUGCCCAACUAUGGGAGGGAAGUCCACCUAUGGCUCCUCCAAAUCCAGGUUACAGUGAGAGUGUCCAAGAGCUGAAGAAGUUCAUCCUCUCCAACGCUUCACAGUCAGCUGGAAUUACUCUCUCACAGUUCAAAAGCAAAAUUCAGGACCUUUGGAAUGCCCUGAUGAAUGAAAACUUUGUUUUUAGUUUCAAAAACACACUUGAAAUUGCAGUGUACAGAAAACUUGAGGUCCAGUAUGGGACUUGGACCUGGGCCCUGAGGAGUAACAUGUUAAACAUUGAGAAUGGGCUUCACACCAGAAUUGAAAAUGGAAAACUUGACAAGGUUGAGCUCAGUUAUCUACAUGAGGAAAUGAAGAUAACCUAUGAAAAAAUCAAAAAAGCAAUGACAACAUACUUUGAUGAUGACAGAGACAAAGAAAUACUGGUUCAGUGGCGAGGACGAUUUGAAAGAAAAAUCAAGGAGUUUCAUGACGACCAAGUGAGAGGAGUCAAAAAAAAACUGGAUGAAGUGAUUGAGCAGAAAAAUGCUUGUAAAAAGCUUGAUGAUAAGAAGACAGAGUUUGAGAACAAACUGCUACAAAAGAGCAAAGAGCUCGCUCAUCAGUUAAAGGACAAGGCAAAAGAUGAAGAGGAACUUAAAAAACAGUUCAACUCUGUUUGGAGUGGCUGGGUUAGUGAACUAACUGCAGGCACAAAACCUAUUGAGGACAUCAACUAUAAAAAGGAUCAGGCAACUAUCCUUCAGGAGCUUGGUUUUGAAUGGUCUCUUAUAACUGAAUCUGAAAGCAGUGGCAGAUACAAAAAAAUAUCAGAGGUGGGUGAUUACAUUCAUCAUGUGUGUCUCACCAAGGACAAAGGUCUCUGCAUCCCAGGCCAACAAUCCCAAGAUGAUAAGAACGAAAAUACGAGCAACGAAGAUCAAGGAAGAAUGUCAACAAUUUGGCAGUCUUUUAAAAAAAUGUUCCAAUUUAGGCCAACAGAUCAAAACAAAGAACAUACAUCAAGAAGUUCUUUAGUAUGUGAAGAACAGGAACUGAUCAGAUCCCUCAUUUACAGUAUUGAAAAACAGUCCCUUGAUGCAAUCAAGGGCAAACCUGUUGCUACAAGAGGCUACAGUCCAAUUUACUUCCAAGAAGUGGCCAAAAAUGUCAAAGAAAAGGUGAAAGAGUUUGAAUCAAAAAGGAAAUAUGCUGUGAAGAAGGAGUUUACUGUUGAUCUUAUUCUGUUUGUGUUUGACAAAGCAGGGAGAUGGCUUUCAGAGUCCCAUAAGAAAUUCAGAAUGAAUAACGAUGCAGUCACUUACGUAGAAAGCAAGAAAAAACAAUAUUACAACAUUUUCAGCAGCUUCUGCAGAGGAAGCUCAUCUGCUGUUGUGUUUGGAGAACUGAUCUGUGAGAAACUGAAGAGUUCCACUGUUGAGGCCGUCUGUAACAAGACUGCUAUUGAUCUUGCUGGAGAGAUGAAGUGCAGUUUCCCAGCAUUCAGUGGGAACAGGUUGAACUUGGAGAAACACUUGCUGAAGUCACUGGCUGAGAAAGAGGACUUUGACGAUUUUAUCACCUACAUCCACCACCCAAGGAAGCAAGCAGAGACUUUUAUAGAAGAGCAAGUACAGAAAUACAUCUUCACAGACAAUAAAAAUAAAGCACGGACAAUAUUCAAGAAAAAUGUUGAAGACAUCAAUAAGCUUGUGAGUCAAGCUUUAUUCACUGCAACAGAUAAAGUCAAAACCCAGAGUGGAGACUCAGACAUGUGGGUGGAGGAAUUUUACAAUUUGCUAAAAGAUGAGCUGACAUUCAACACAUUUUGUUGUCAAAACUUCAGUGACAUCAAUGAUUUUGACUUUGUCAGAGAAGAGAUAGAGAAAGGCCUUGUAUCUGUCAUGAAGGAAGUGAGCAGUAUCUCACUGGAUAAGAUGGAGGAAUUCAGGAUGAAGCCUGAUCAAAUCCUAAUUGAUCAACUGUGUAACUGCUGCUGGGCAAAGUGUCCAUUCUGUGGAGCUGUUUGUACCAACACGCUAGAAAACCACAGUCCUGACAAACACAGUGUGCCUUUUCAUCGGCCCUCUGGGGUAAAAGGAUGGCACGAUAUAGACACAAUGGACCUGGACAUCAAUUUCUGCACAACAUCAGUUGCAAGUGAUGACUUUUUUUAUCCUUAUUGGCAUUCACAUGAUUCCUUUCCUUAUAAACAGUAUCAGCGUGCUGGGAAGAAGUAUGCAACAUGGCAAAUUACUCCUGAUGGGUCUAAGAUGACAUACUGGAAAUGGUUUGUAUGUCGAUUUCAACAGCAACUGGAAGACCACUAUAACUUAAAAUUCCAGGGCAGAGGAGAAAUUCCUCCUGAGUGGCGAGACCACAGUAAACAAGAAGCUAUUGAAAGUCUGGAUGAAAUGUAUAAUCUGUGACUGAGCCAGAAACAACCAAACUCUACUCAGAGUAACAGAAGGCCACAGUGUCUUUAACUGUUCAACAGAAAUAUGAACUUUUAAUUUGAUUAAAGGAGUGCAACAAUAGCAAUAAUGACAAUGGAGUCUUUUCCAAAAUGACUGAAACAGCACCUGUUCAUAAUCUGAUCAAUAUGUAUCUUAAUGCUUUUGGUGUAUAACAGUUGAAAGGAUGCCUAUCUUGAAGCAAAUGAGAACACAAUAUAUGUUAAAUUACAAUUAAAUGAUGAUUGUAAAAAGUAUGAGACAGAUCAGAAUUAGUCAUAGGUUUUUUUUUCAUCAAAAAUGUUUUUUCUUAUUAUUUUUCAUGAUGAUUAAGAUGCAUUUAACAUGUAUGUACUUAUUUUAAGGAAAUAUUAUGUAUAAAAUAUAAUACUCAAAUAAAGGAAAGAGUUUUUUAGUUGUCAUAUAUUGUGGAUAUAAUGUCAUUACCUUAAAAACAGAAAUGUAAGUUAUGAUUUGACUUUUGUUUUUACUAUUUUUUUUACUUUUACAUGAAAAUCUCAUCAAACAGUCAUGACAAACUGAUCUAAUUGUAUGUUUCUAAAAAAGAAAAAAAAUGAUCAGGGUGUAAAUGUGCUGUUCAUUCAAAGAUGUGUAUGUUCCUAUCAUUACAAGAUGCAUGAAAUUUUCUUCUGACAGUUGUUCAAUGUUUAAAGAGCAAACAAAGGUGUAGGCUGUUGAGCUGACACAUUUAUAAUUCCAAUCUCAUUAAAAGGCAUCAUAGCAGGUGACAAGGUUUUUUAGUUUUGAUAAAAAUUGUAAAUAAAAAUCUCUGUGAUUGUACUUUUUUUAAACAUUUUUUGAGGGAUCUAAAAGAAUUGUGAGAACUGUAACAACUGAUAUGUAGGAUGAGUCAUAAGAUAGAUAUGCUGCUUGAACUAAUGAAGUGCUGUUGACUAUGGAAAAAGGCAUGAAACUUGUAUUUAAGACUUGUCGAAACGGAAAAAAGGGAAACAGUUUGUUCACAUAUUGUGCAAAAAAAAUAACUUUUUACAUUAUUUUGUUUACAUUUAUCUAUCUGUUGCCCAUCUGAAAAUAAUUUUUACACAAAUAUUUUCCUCUUCAUAUAUUUUUAAUUUUAUACUUUUCCUUAAAGUCAUAUGUGUGUUUGUUUUUUAAAGAAUCUGAUAAAUGAUGCUUUGUGCUUUUUCAAGUAUUCGGAGUAUACAAUUCUACACUUUUGAUUUUUCUUUCUUUUUUGUUGUUAUUUUUGUUUAUUUUUUAUAUUUACUUUUGUUGUUUGCUUAAUGGCUCCUGUCAUUGAUAUAUUGAUAUCCAUAAUUACUAACAGAAAUAACAGCCUUUGUGAAAACAAAAUUGGAAUGUUUUUUUUAGACCAUUCACGCAAAUAUUUGAGUUCUCUUUUGGUAAUAUCUGGUCUGUUAAACCUGGUCUUUUCAAAAAGCUAAUUAAUAAUUUGCUUUAUAAGAAGAUCAGAUUUUUUUUGACAGAGUUUUUAAUAUGUCUAAGGCCAUACCCACACGAAGAUGGAACCAAUUUUGAUUUUUAAAAUUUUUCCAUAAACACGGAAUCGUCUCAAGAUAUGUGUAUGUAUACAUGAAGCCACUGAAAACGCUGUAGUAUAUAUGCAAGGCCUGUAAAUGGUGCUACAACACUGCCACAAAGUACACCAGAAACACAGAAUAAGAAAUGGAGCGUGCGCAUAAAACUCGUGCGAUGUAAACAAAUACAAAGAAGAAGAAAAUACAAAUGCCAGAGGAGCCCACUUUGUAUGGACUGACGAUGAGGUAGAGUUGCUACUUAGGGUCACACUUGAUUACCAAACUACAAAACUGCAGGAGGAUGUUGACUAGCACAUGCGGGUUAAGGGAGAGGUGGGGUUAUGGCGUCAUUGUUUCAGAAAAGAGGUGUACUGUGUUGUAAAUACAGAGACGCCAAGGUGGCGUCCUCAGAUUUUUUCUACUCUGGGACCCGGUUUCAAAAGUUGACGUAUUUGGGCUCCUAAAAUGCUGGUUUCAUGUUUACGAAAGGUCUAUACAAUAAAAAACCUUUGCAGAUACACCUAAUCUUGUCUCCGUGUGGACAUGACCUUAGACCUGCCACAUAUCAAUCCAAGUACACGACACCUGAUUAUUUCAGCCGUUAAAGGCGGAAGAAAAGGUGGUGAGAAGCUGUCUGGGUUAGAGGAGAAGUAGAGACACUUGCUAUCAAAGUGGAACAGACAGAGUGAGUGAAGCUCGUUUUUUCUUUAUUUCCUUUUUGCAUGUCGUGCAUGUUUUCGGGUGAAGGUAAAAAAAAAAAAAAAAUCCUUUAAAAGUGAUAAGUUUGUGCAUUUUUUGAUAUUGAUUUUUGCCUCCACAAAUUUGAUUUACUUCUAAUACUGCUAAGAAAAACUGAGAGUUUGAUUACAAUGGGAUUUGGACAGAGCAAAACCUCAAAGGGGAAAAUUGAGCCUGAUUAUGGUGCUCCAAACGUGAGGUUUAUGGAGAUUAAUUAUGGGAAGGAGAGCGUGGCUCAGUUAGAUCUGUAGGUCAAUGAGUGCUGUUUCCCGAGAACAGGCAGCCUGAGUGUUAAAAAGCUUGAGGCUUUAGAGGUGAGGUUAACAGACUUAGAAAGGAGGGGAUUAGAAGGGAAGUUUGGAGGUAAGAUCAAGUUCCAGGCAGAUUGGUCAGCUUUUCGUAAUUGGAUGAGGGAAGCCAAGCACAGGCAGGGCCCCAAAGGUUUCCCAGCGCAGUGUUCGAAGCUGGAUUCGGACCUCGAUUCGGUUCCACCUGUAUGGCCCCCACCGUAUGUUGAACACCACGAACCGGAGGGAGCAGUUGGCCAUUUAGCUGUUCUGUUAUCCACCUUAUCUGAAAAUUAUUUUCACACAAACAUCUUCCAUCAUUGUAUUUUGUUUUUAUUCUUGUAUGUUUAUCUAUUUUGAAUACUAUUUGUAGGCUUUUUUCUAAAUGAAUUUGAUGAAGGACACUAACUUUCUCAAGUACUUGAAGCAUGCAACAAGUUUUUACUUAUCUGAUUUUUAUUUUUUUUUUCAUCUUAUUACUGCUACUUACUACUACUGCCUAUACUGGAAUUUAUUCUGUUUGCUUAAUCAGAUUUCUGUCAUUGCCACAGUAUAUUUAUAUACAUACAUACUGACAGAAAUAUUAUUCUUUGUGAGAAAAAAUGAAGAAGUUUUCUUUCACUUUAAUAAACCACUGACAUUCAGUCAUUGGAGUUUAAGCCUCUUCUGGUAACAAUGAGUGUAAUGAGAAGGCAAGAUUUUCCCUUGACACACUCUCAAAAUACUUUCUGCGCAUACUAAUUUAAGUACAUUUUAUUCAUAUCACCCAGUUCACAAAUAGUGUUGAUGUUGUCAGUUACUUUUACAUGCAUUCUUCUUAGUCCCAAGAUCAAAAGUCCAUGUUGGUUUUAAUCAUAUUUAGUCAACCUCAAUACCCCUGGACUUUCCCUGAAAGAUGAGUGACGUUUUAAGUGGGUCACCUGGAGAUAAACAGUAUGUGCUUGACUGGCUGAUUUAAACCGCUGCAGUCUCCAUUUACAAAUUCAGUCCCCCCUCCCAGACUGACAAACCUGGCUAGGUAUAGCAAUAUAUACACAUACACACAUACACAAAUUUGAGAGAAUGUAAGGGUGAUGAAUAAAUAGCCAUAAAAAAAAACUUAAUGUAGGGUGACCCAGUUACUACUAAAUCGUAUUACAACAAGGAAUGUGUAACCAGCUCCACCCACCCUUGCAUAAGUUUCUCCCCAAACAAGACUCACAUUGUCUUCAUGAACUCUGUUAAUAUAAAACACACCAAAGUUCUGCCAAAGAGGUAACAUGACAUAACACUGUAAGUUAUUUGUGAUGAUCAAGUAUAAUACUCAUAGAAAUAUGGCAAAUCAAAAAUACAUAUUACUUUUAAUAGUUAACUGUACAACAUAAGAGGCUUGCAUCACACUGUAAUAUCCUAAAGGGGCCUAAAUAAAAAUAAAAUGGCGAAAAAAAAAAUGCUGCCCUUUAGCCCACAGCAGUGUGAAUGACUGACUUUUUAUUAUUUGCAGCGACAAAGUCCAUGGCUGAGUCAGGAUCUUUGAAAGUGUAAGUCUAAGUGUAAGUCUCUUCCAGGAGCCUUUAAUGAGGGCAGAGCAUCAAUUCACGCUGCUUCCAGUGGGGAAGGUUUGUAUUGUUAUCAUCAGGUCCAUAGGGAACCUGCGCCUGCAGAUCUCCACAGAUUUUCAGAAUAUAAAUGCUUCUUGUAAAACUCACUAUUUGCUAAACCCCUUUUUGUUAGGAAAGGUGGACAGACUCUCACACACAAUUUUCUUUGUUUUCUUUAUUUGAUUUAUGGUUUCAACAUUAACUGAGAAACACAAACAACUGCACUAAGCAUUAGAAUGAAGAUGCAAGUUUUUCUUAUGAAUGAAUUAAAUAUAUGCAAUAAUCUAAGCCAUAAGAUGUCGGAGUUUGGGUCCUUUGUGGAGGGCCCGCCUACUCCUCAGGUUUGAUUGGUCAAAGGAUGUGUGAUGACAAUGACAGUUAAUUAAGAUAUAUAUUGACUGAUGUACAAAUGAUUUGCAUACCUUGCAUGUAUAGCAUUUAUAAUUUCAUAUUGAAGAAUGACAUGAGGCUUUGUUGGUAUGAGCAAACUAAGAAACACACUAUAUAUUUGUUGUUAACCUUGUCAAUCAUUCUACAGUGCUGACCUGAUAGGCCAGUUUGAACUGGCAAGGCGGGCUCUCAUGCUAUAUAUGUGCAUGCAAUGAGGGAGAAAAUGGACUGGUUAAGGAGG